GGGUCAAGAAGUAGCUUCUUAUCCAUUUCAUGAUGAAUAAAAAUGCAUUGCUUCAGAGACAACUGUUAUUUCUUUUUCACAGUUUUACAAUGGAAGGAAUUAAGAUCGUAACUUUUGUGUUUCUCUUAUUGGGAUUCCAGUUAUAUGCUGUGGAGUGCCAAAGUUGUAAAAUAGAAAAUAAUGUGAAUGGGAGAAUCGUCGUGGGUGGAAAUUAUUAUAAUAAACAAGACUGCUGGACAGUUCCAGUCCCAUUAGGGUAUUUUGCUCACUUGCAAAUCACCAAUAUGCAAUCCCAACAUUCAUGUUCGCAAGACUAUGUGAAGAUCACCAUUGCAGGAAUAAGGGAUGUAUACAAAUUUUGCAGUUCAGAUGGCAACAAAAAUCCCGUCACUGCUUUUGACAAUGUUACCAUAACACAUUAUGUGUCUUCGAGUUAUUCAAGAUAUACUGCUUUUAAUUUAGAAUAUACCAUCAAGACUAUGGAAUGCUUAAACAAGAAUAGUUUUAAAUGCGAUAACAACACAUGCGUUUCUGAGGAAAGAGUCUGCGAUGGAGUGAAAGACUGCAAAAACGGAGCAGAUGAAAUUGGAUGUGAAACAGGAGUGCUUUCCAUCAAAGGAGUUCCCGAGGCUAGAGAGAAGGCCAUUUCCUGGAUGAAACAGAAAAGAACGCCUGCUUGGGGAUGGAAGUCGAACACCCCACGUGCUGUUGUUGCCCUCUAUCUAGCGUCUGGAGCUAGUUUCAAUGGCACUGUACUUGAAGAAGAGUUGAUGGCAAAGCAGACUGAGCUUAAAACUGCAGUUGCCUUGUUAAGGCCAUCCUUAACCAACAGCGAAUUAAGCAUGCUCAUCAAUGCACUGUUGGUCACCUGCCACAGCCCUCGCCAAUUCUACGGCAACAACUUGGUGAAACGUCUCAAGGAGCAAGUGGAGGAAUCCGGGAACUUCACGCACCCUCUGGCUUACUUAACGCUCUGCAAUGCCAACGAAUCCUGGCCUCUCAGAGCUAUUUCGGAUCUUAAUAGUAUAUUGAGCAGCGAUUCUGAAUAUCCUUUCGUGAAAGAUCUUCAGGCCAUGGCAAUCACUGCUUUAUCAUGCCAGGCAAAUCGCAGUAGACACGUCGAAAAUACUCUCAGACAUCCAACUUUAACAUUAUACAAGAAGACGAUCCAGAAUUUCAAGAAACUCCAGGCUCUGGAUGGGAGUUUUGGAAAUGCUUACACUACAGCUUUAAUAACGCAGGCUCUCCUAUCCAGUGGUCAAGAGCACAGUAAGGACUGGAAACUGAAUGCAACAAUUAAAUACUUGAUAAAAGAGCUGAACUCUUCUACCGUAGAUUUCUUGGUGACAUAUUUAACUCUACCUAUAUUGAAUGGUAAAAGUCUCAUGGAUAUCUCAUACGUAAAUUGUUCUGCUAAUCCCCGGAAGCACGGAGAUGAUCCUGUCUCAGAAAUCAAUGAUUAUUUAGGACCAAAAAUACGAGUACAGUAUUCCCUGUACAUAGGAGACGAUAAAGACGUCGUUCACACUAUUUCCCUUCGAGUACCAGAAAAUUACACUGCUUCCGAAGUUAUGGAACUAGCUGAAGUGGAAGACCCAAAAUACAAGUUCGAAUGGAAAAUGAUCUCAGGAAAGAUGUAUGUAUACGAACUAGCGAGCGUCACGAACGACCCUGAGGCUGGGAAAUUCUGGCUGCUGUAUGUGGGUGCUCCUAAUAGUACUGAGACUUUAACUCAUUUAACAAAGGGUCCAGAUGAAAUUAUAAUGGGUGAUGAAGAGCAUCUUGUUUUGUGGUAUAAAACAGCAACUAUUUGAUUUGUGGACAUUACGAAUGAUGUAAAACGCUGUAGUUAAUAUUUUACGACUGCAAAAAAAUAUUUGUUUUAAUUGUUACAUAAUUAAUGACUGAUUAUGAUCAUGAAAAUUUGUAAUUUGUGUAACAAAUAUUAUUACAUACAUUUUAGGAAAUUUUUUAAUCAUUAAAAAUAUUAUAUCAUACAAAUUAUUAAUUAAUAGGAUAUUUUUUCGAUACAAAAUACUGCUUUACGAUUGACAUACAGUUUAAGAAUCAUCCGGGAUUGUUAAAUGUUGAUCAAUGAAAUGUCAAGAAAUAUGGAAAGAAACUGGAAAAUUCUGCUCAUAUAAAAUUCGUUUUAUCAUGUAUAAAAUUAUAUUCUUUGGGGCAUAAUGCAUUUUAAGAUGAAAAGCUGUUACAUAAUUGUUUUGUUAUGUUUCUAUAAAAAAUAAGUAAAGCAGCAUUUAAAUGAAUCUAUAAAGGCAGAACCGUAUAUAUUUGAUGUUUCCUAGUUACAUCAUUAUUAUAUCGCAUAAAAAAGCAGUAUCCUUGUACAAAAUGCUGAUUCAGUAAAUAAUAUAUACGUUAUCAAUUUCCGACCGUAAAAUACAAUAAUGCAAUAGAGUUAUUGAAAUCAAAAAGGGAUUAUUCAAAAGGAAAAUUGUUGAAAUCAAAAAGGGAAAAUUUUGAAUUCGAAUUUUUGACGAUUGCAAUGUUUUUUUAUACUUCGUAUACGAUGAAAUAAACAAACUGUUUAGAUUUACUCAUACGUAAAUGAAUCAACUGAUUAUCGUACUGCGGCUUUAGAGAAGCACACAAGGGUUAUUUAGGGAGGGCUUUAUAUAAUUUUAAAAAGUAGUCAGAUUAGUACCCUAGUAACGGGCAAAUAUUGAACAAUCUUUACAAUAUCAUUAAAUAUUGAAUAAUAUCAUAUAAUAUUGUAAAGUAUUGUGCAACUAAAAAUGCUAUCCGAGUAGAUGCCAGACGAUUACAAUAUUUCACCUUUUGAAGUUUUUCUUUGAAGACAACUAGGGGAACAUUUGGCCUGGAUUGAUUUAUUUUAGAUCAGACUUUUUCUAACGAUGCUUCUUAGCCAGAGUAAUCAUCAUUUUUUUAACUUGUCGUUCUCCACAUCCGAAGUGGAAAUUUUGCUAUGAGAGACCUGUAGCCCUCUGAAAUAUAG